AGCGGCAGUUUGGUCCUCCCCCGGUAGGGGUGUGACCUAACGGGGAAGGAGAGCUGUGUUUCUCUGCUGCUGACGCUCUUCAGCUCCUCUGCUGCUGGUUAUCUCACCAUCGAGACCGAGAGGCAUCUCAAGACAUUCACCGUAACUCUAAUUAAUCAGGAUGUCCCGGGAGCAGCAGGCGGUGGCUCGUGCCAGGAAAGCCUUUGAAACAGGCAGGUCCAAAUGUUUAGAGCACCGAAUCCGCCAGCUUAAGAACCUGCAGCGGUUAUUCAUUGAGAAACAGAGCGUGAUCUCAGAUGCUGUAAAGAAAGACCUCAAUAAGAGCGAGGUGGGAACCCAGCUGUACGAGACUCUGGGUCUGGAGGGUGAAAUAAACCUGGCCAUCAAAAAGCUGAAGGAGUGGGCUGCCCCUCGACCUGUGGAGAAGAACCUGCUGACCAUCUCGGAUACCGUCUACAUCCAGCCCGAGCCGCUGGGAGUGGUGCUCAUUAUCGGAGCAUGGAACUACCCCUGGGCUGUCACCAUCCAGCCGCUCAUUGGAGCCAUCGCCGCUGGUAAUGCAGCUGUGAUCAAGCCUUCUGAGGUCUGUGUUCACACCGCAAAGGUCAUGGAGGAACUGCUGCCGAUUUACAUCGACAAAGAGCUUUACCCCGUAGUGACCGGAGGAGUGUCAGAGACCCAGGAGCUGCUGCGUCAAAAGUUUGAUCACAUCUUCUACACCGGUAACAGCAUGGUGGGCAAAGUGAUCAUGGAGGCUGCUGCCAAACACCUGACGCCUGUCACCCUGGAGCUGGGUGGCAAGAGCCCCUGCUACAUCGACAAGAACUGUGACAUAAGCAUAGCCUGCAGGCGUGUCACAUGGGGAAAGUACACUAACUGUGGUCAGACCUGCAUCGCCCCAGACUACAUCCUGUGUGAGCCCAGCAUCCAGGACCGGGUCAUCGAAGAGGUCAAGAAGUCCAUAAAGGAGUUCUACACAGACAACCCAAAGACCUGUCCUGACUAUGGACGCGUCAUCAACCAGCGCCACUUCAAGAGGGUAAUGAACAUGUUGGAAGACAGCACCAUCGCUGUAGGAGGAGACAAUGAUGAGUCAGACUGCUACAUAGCCCCCACAGUUCUGCGGGACGUGAAGCCAGAGGCGAAGGUGAUGCAGGAGGAGAUAUUUGGACCUCUGCUCCCCAUCCUGUCGGUGAGCGGCCUGGAUGAAGCGAUCAAGUUUAUUAAUAAGGGAGAGAAACCUCUGGCCCUCUACGUCUUCUCGUCAGAUGACAAGGUGAUAAAGAGAAUGAAGGAGGAGACCUCCAGUGGAGGACUGCUGGCAAACGACUGUCUUGUGCACUACUCUGUCAGCUCUCUGCCUUUCGGAGGAGUGGGGAACAGUGGUAUGGGCUGCUACCAUGGCAAGUUCAGCUUUGACCAGCUCAGCCACCUGCGUGGUUGUCUCAUUAAGCAGCUGAAGAUGGAAGGGGUGAACAGUAUGCGGUACCCACCUCACACAGCCAAGAAACUGGGCUGGGCGCGCUUCUUCAUCCUGCAGAAUGUAGACCUGGGCUGGAUUGGGCGGAUGGCGCUCUUAGCCGUCCUGGCUGUGGUGGCUGCUGUUGCGCUGCAGAAUUAUCUCCUUUGAAGACACCCCGCUGCUUCACAGACAACAAGUGUCUUGUUUCCACGGCCUUUAGGACCAGAGAGAAGAGAAGCGCAGUGUGAAUUUCAUACGAUUCCAUCACUGAGUUCCUGUAUCAAUCAGAUGAGCAUCUGCAGACGACGCUGUAAUACAGGGAGUGUUCAGGGUGUUCAGGCCUUAAUCCAUUUUACAUUUCAUUAAUGGUGUCAGAAGUUAAUCACAGUGCAGUGUAGCAAGCAUCUUAUUUUCAUGAAGGUAAUUAUUUAUUCUCAUGUAUGGCUCUUACAUUUGUCAUAUCUUAACCCGUUAGAUCAGGUCUGCAUACUUAAAGAAUAUGUACACAACAUAACAUACAGUAUAAUAAUGUGAUUCUGCUAUGAAUGAUUUUAAAAGAAGUAAGAAAAUGUAUAACACUACUGUAGAACUCUUCACUGUGAUACGAACAAGACGUGCAUUUACUAACAAAUGAAAAAAUGAAGUUAGUUGCAAUUCCUGCAUAAUGAACUGUUUAUAUUUUUAUGAAACGUUAUUGUUUUUAUUUAGUAGGAGACAGUUCACUUUGUGUCCAUUGCAUUUCAAUGAUAGAUCAGCCAUUAACUCCACAUUCAGCCUGAAGGCUCUUGAUGAUUUCUGUCCUGUGUAGGUUUGUCAUUUUUGUCAAUGUGAAAGCAGAGACGAAGACAACAUGUCCAGUCUGUCUCUGAGACUUCAGUGUUUGGUCACAGACCUCUCAGUCUUCCUUUAGUUCACUACAGCCUGUAAGAAUCAAACAGGAUCAUGUGAAUCAUGUGUUUUUAUGUCAUUUUACUAAAAACACCAAAUGCCUGUAACAAAUUUAAGCAACAUAUCAAAUUGUUUGGUGAUUUUUAAACAACAGUAGUUGCUUAAUGUUUUGUUUUUUAUCACACCAUUUAAAUUUGAAGGGAUUUGUAAUUAAUAGUUGAAUAAAUAUACAUGUAUU